GCGCGCGCGCCCGCGAAGGGGCGGGUGGGGCUCGAAGGUAGAUCCUCCUGCGCGUGGCGCGCCGUGGGUGUAGCGUGUCAGGAUCUGGCGAGUUCACCGCACGUUGCCUGAACCCCUACUGUGUGCCUGAACCCUUAAUGUGUACAGGCAAGAACCGAAGCGACCCUGGCCCUGACUUCAGGGGGCUUACACUCUAGUGGGAGAGGCCAACCUUAAACCAAACACGAGGUAAUUUCAGAUUGUGAUAAGGGAUGUGAAGGAAAUGAAUAGGGUGAAGAGGUAGUUGGGGCAGAAGGCACUGCUUUUAAAUCCCUUGGUCAGGAAUUGAGACCUGAAUUGUUAAGGUUCUGUGACUAAGGGAAGCAUUGCAGGGGGAGGAACAGCAAGGGCAAGGCCUUGAGAUGGGACAUCUGACUUGUGUUGCAGAAAGGGAAAAACUGGAGGCCAGUGAACAAGGGGGAGAGGGUUGAGAGGUGAGGUGAGAGAGGUGGGCAGGGCCAGAGGUGGAAGGAUUUUAGAGGCAGUGGCGAGGGAUUUGGAAGGGAAGGAUAGAUCUCGGAGAGACAGCAGUGAGUGGUCCUGAGCAGAGAUUUUUAGUUCCCUGCCCAGGAAUUGAACCUGGGCAGCCUAGAUGAAAACCAGAAAUCCUAGCCGCUAGACCACCAGGGGCUAGAGGCUAGAAGCAAAGUGGCCCUGGCUCCUUCCCCCAUUUGAAAGCAAGAAUGGUUCAAAGAGGCAAAAACUGUAAAAUCAGGUACAAAGUUUACUAUUAGAGACACAGCACAACUGUAUGGGAGAACACACAGAGAAGCAGUUUAUUUAUGUAAGUCAGAAGUUAGGCAGAAAUACAUACCCAGAGAGAAAGGGUAUGGACGUCCUCUCUAAUGAGGAGGAGUGCAAUAAAGAGGUGAUUUAAAUCUCUCAUACAGGACAGUUCUUCCAGGUCUUUGUUUACAUUUGGCCAAUUAUAUAUUUUUUAAUUAAUUUAUUUUUGUUUGGGUUGGGUCUUCGUUGCUGCGCAUGGGCUUUCUCUAGUUGCGGUGAGCGGGGGCUACUCUUCAUUGUGGUGCGCGGGCUUCUCAUUGCGGUGGCUUCUCUUGUUGUGGAGCAUGGGCUCUAGGUGCACGGGCUUCAGUAGUUGUGGCAUGCAGGCUCAGUAGUUGUGGCUCACGGGCUUAGUUGCUCCGAGGCAUGUGGGAUCUUCCCAGACUAGGGCUCGAACCUGUGUCCCCUGUAUUGUAAGGCAGAUUCUUAACCACUGUGCCACCAGGGAAGUCCCUUGGCCAAUUAUCUUGUUUCUUUUUUCACACCUGACGAGUCCUAGGACAUCCUCAACAUGUGUGCACAUCUUUUUGCUAAAAUGGAUCCCACCUCAGAGGCCUGUGGGGGUAUGUCCACACUUAUUAUGGGGUGGCACCCCCUCCCUUUUUGAACCCUAAGGAGCCUUCCUGCAGAUGUGCAGACAGGGAAGUUUUCCUUGACCUCAGGAGUGGUCAUCUUAUCUCUUUACUUCAGCAGAGCUCAGCUUCUGCCACUAGCUUUGUCCUUAGAGUGGACAAACACCACUUGACAGACACCAGCUGUCUGGCCCAGGGGCCCAUCUAUCUCCUACCUCAGGAUGACUUGCUUGAUUUGCAUCGUAAACUAACUGGUUUCUCCUUCUUUGGAAAAUGGACUACAGGAGGGCAAGGCUGGAAGUAAGGAUCUUGCAAACUUUUAUUCCAUAGACAUCCCAGAGCUGGGCACUGGGGACACAGGGAGGAAUGAGAGGACAUAGGAUAGGAAGGCAGAUAGACACCAGGUGAAAUGUGUGCAUUUCAACUAGGUAAAUAUCAGCAAAAGUCCAGGAAGGAGUGAAGAAACCUGGCAGGAGGAGCUGAGCUGGUCAGAGAUAAGUGUUUUGACAGCAGAGAAGCAGAGGAAAGGGGCACAUCUAGGUGGCAUGUGUCUGGGGAGCUGUUUAAGACUCCAGCCAUUGGAACUGAGGCCAAAGAGGUUGAACAAGGCCCAAGUAUGAAGUACCAGGCAAAGAUGUUGAUCCAGCGUCUGAAGGAGACCAGCAGAGAGAGAGAGUUUUGCUUUGUUUUGAAGAGCUAAUAUGAUGUCAAAAGGAUACCGUAAUAGUUAAUAAAGCUGCUGAAAUAGAUUUGCCACAAAAUUCUGAUGGCUAAACACAAUAAAGUCCCUGCCCACAUGAGUCUCACACAGUAGUUCCCCUCCAGGUGACUCUGAGGUCAAAACCUGAUUCCCAAAGUCGCCCUAGGUCUCAGCACCAUUCCAGACAACCGAAAGAGAAAAAAGCAUUAAGGGUGGCACAAGGGAGGUUUUUCUGGGCUGAGCCUGUUUCAUUGGCUAGAAUUCAGUCAUGUGGCCAUUCCUCCAUGUAAAGGAGUCUACAAAACAGGCUAUGUUCCCAGGAAGAAGGGGGAAUAAGUUUGGAGAUCAGCUGCAGAGAUAAACUGCGAAGUACCACAGAGGGGAGAGAUGCAGAACACUUUGACGUGAAUAAAUGUUGUCCUCCCACAGUGCUGAGAUCAUUGGGAGAAGCACCGAGGUGGAAGCAGUGCUGAGUGACUCCCGAGACGAGGACAGAAAAGGUGAUCAGCUCCCGCCUGGCCCUCUCCCCUCAGAACACACAGCUUUGCAGCCCUGAGCCACCAGGAUCAAAUGAUGAUGCAGUGCUGGAGAGCCAGCUUGGACUGUGUAGAUACAGACAGUACCCACCCCGGUAUGGCAGAGCAACAACACAGAAGGAACCUGGGUCCCCAUUCAGCUUCCAGGAGCAGAGCUGCCUCAUCGCCUUGGACCAACUCCUACCUAUGGGCAAGAAUCCCUGAUGCAGGCUGCCCUGGGAAGGGCAUGAUCUCAGGUGAGGCUGACCCUGAAGAAGCUGACAGCUGGAGGCCAUCUGCUGACCGCAUUCCUCACAGCUGGGCAGCAAGCCCUUCCUUGAAGAGGGAUCUAUCUGAAUGGGACAUCUCUGUGCCUACCAGAGUCCACCUCUUGCUCUGCUUGGACCCCGCCUCCAUGUACUCUCCUCCAUGGACCGGCUCCUCCAUGGCCCCGUGGGUCUCUCUUCUUGAGGGAGAACUUGGAAGCGGGAAUUAGUGGGCUGAGCCGCGGCCCCUGCUGCUGCAGUUGGUCCCCAUUCUCUUCCUCCUCCACUACCCGGUCUGGAUUCACCUUCGUCUCAGCUACCACCGCUGCUGGCUUUGGUGUCUUAGCUGGUGAUGUGACUCAGACCCUUAUCGCUGAGCUUAGCAGGCAGGAAGUUUGUUAGAGAAGGCUCUCAGCACGACACCUGUGGGACAAGUGAAGGAAGCAAGAUGGGACAGAGAGAGAAGUUGUGACAUAGUCACAGUGAGAUUCCAGCUGACCCCUCAGGGAGAUCUGAAGCUGGGCUUACCCUUCAGAGCUGUCCCCAUCUGGGGCCAAGAGGACUGGGCCUUUUCUGCCCCUGCCUUGACUUCUCAUUGGAUGCGAGCUGCCCUGGGGAAGUGGCUGUGACACUGGGUAGGAUGGCUUUCUUCUGCCGAGGGCGAUUCUCACACAAGGCUGACAGCUGAGGGCUGGUAACGGGGGUGUGUCAGCUGUGACAAGUGCCCUUCAGUCCCGAAGGGGGACGGCUGGUGCCAACCACAACAGCCCCAUCUGUGUCCAGGACCCAACACUUGCCUCUCCCUGUCGCGGUCUCAAACUUGGCACCAGUCAGUGUUUCUCACUGACUCCUCUUUCCAGGUAUUGUUAUUGUCGUAAAAUACACGUAACAGAAGAUUUACCAUCUUAACCAUUUUUAAGUGCACAGUUCAGUAUUGUUAAGUACAUUCACGGCAUUGUGCAACCAACCCCUGGAACGUUUUCAUCUUGCAAGGCAAGCUCAAUAGCCAGCCAUUAAAUAGCUCCUCAUUCUUCCUUCUCCCCAGACCCUGGCAACCACCAUCUGGCUUUCUGUCUCUAGAAAUGUGACCAUUUUAGGUACCUUAUAUAAGUGUCUUUUUGAGACUGUCCUAUUUCACUUAGCAUAAUGUCCUCAAGAUUCAACCAUGUUGAAGCACAUAUCAGAAUUUCCUUCCUUGGUAAGGAAUAAUACUCCAUUGGGUGUUUCUACCACCUUUGGUUUAUCCAUUCAUCCGUCAGUAGAUACUUGGGUUGCUUCCACUUUUUGGCUAUUGUGAAUAAUGCUGCUGUGGACAGGAUAUACAGAUAUCUCUUCAAGACCCUGCUUUAAAUUCUUCUGGAUAAAAAGCCAGAUCUAAGAUGUUUUUGUCCAAGACGUUUUUAAUCUUUCAUCGGCUUAACUCCUUCUAGACCCAGACAGAGGUGAGGAUGAACUACCUACCUUCUUGUUAAGGAGGCAAUCCUAUAAAUCAGAACACUCUGGGAGAGUCAGCUCGAUGGAUAUCAAACCUGGCUUAUGAUUAAUUAUGAGCCAAUAUAUGCCAUCCAAUAGUUUCUGUUUUUUCCACCAAAGGGAAAGAAACCAUCUGUAAAGGAAAUUUCCCACAUGCUGCUUGAACUGUUUCACCUUUUGUUAUCGUAACCACCAAGGUUAGUUAAUCACAAACAGGACUUUGAGAAACAGUCUCUAUGUUGAAAGAAAAUAAGGCAGGCGGGGCCCAGCUCAUUACCAUGCUGAAGCUGAUGAGGGUGUCUUUGUGUUGAUGAGGGGAAAGCAGGGGCUGACAAGGGAGAGGUAGACCCUGGGAGGGGAGGUUGGGUGGAGUUAAAAAAAUUUUUGCCAAGAAUCUAAUAGUACAUCAUUUUGUUGGCCUGAUUGUUUUAGGCUAAGCAAUACCUGAGAUUUCAAACAGCAAAAGUUAAAAGUGCAUUCUUUAUGAAUUUUUAAAAACAACUCAGGCUUCUUGUCCAAGACAUAUUUAUUUGGACAAACACAUACAUUCAGAGUUUAUUUCCUCUGUUUUCAUUAAAGUUAAAUCCAAUCUGUAUGACUCAAGCCAAAAGUUAAAAGCAGCAUCAGAUGUCUUUUGAGCUUUUCUUCACCCCAGGUAGCCAGCUGAAAUAAGAAAGUGAUCAAAGUAAACUUAAAAAUCACAACUCAUUUUCUUAAGGAAAUUCUCAACUCUGCAACUCACCCACACAGAGCAAGUGGAUAAUUGAUACUGAAUACAAUAAUGGCAAAUUGUAUGCAUGCUUCCUAAAAUAAGCAGAACUAUACCACAGUGGUUGACAAGGAGGCUUAAAAUAAAUAGAUAAAUAAGUAAGUAAAUAAAAAUAACAGAACUCCUUACCACAAAAGACUCACUUUUAAUCAUCAUUUGAAAUAAUACCAGAUGACUAUGCUUCACACCCCCAAGAAUGUGUUCUGAAAAGAAUAAACCCUAAAAGUUACGUUGUUAGGGUUCAAUUUUUAGUGAGCUGCAGCAUAACUAAAUUUGGUAAAUUUAUCCUCUUGGGACAUUCCCAUUUUUAUGAGAGCAAUUGCAUGUGAUACUGUAUAUUUUCUCAGUUUUGUACAAUGAUUCUAUACCUUAAAUGACUUCCCUGGUGUUCAUUUCAAGGAGAAAAAGAAAUUGGCAAAAAACAAAAGAAAACAAAAAUCCCCAGCACAUCUCUGACUUUCUCCAUAGUUCCCCCUUUAACUGGCCAAAACAUGGACAAAUCUAAAACCCCCUUUCCCUUGCUAGCUGACUGAGACAGCUGGCUCUGAUCUGACACCCUGAUCAAACAGUUUCUUCGCUUAAUUUUUCCACUCUUUCUCCUCUGGCCUCUUCCUCUCUCUCCUAUAUUUGCACUCUCCCAAAAGGGAGUCCCACUUACUCAAAACUUCAAGGGAAAAACGAGUGGAAGGUAAAUGAGGUAAGUGGCCCAAACCUGUGUGAACAAUGGACUUUUCACUGUUCUCAAGAUGGCUUUGACAUAGAAAGCUUUCCCAUCCCUAGGAAAUGGUCAUGAAUUCAUUUCUUAAGAGUAACAGUUUGUGGUAAUACCUAAUUCACAAUAUCUAUUACACAAGAAUCUAAUGAGCUUCCGUAACCCAACUUAUGUCCUGAAGAUUUAAUCUUAGCUUUAAAGUCAAAGUCGAUUUGUAUGAAAAGAAAUUUUUAUCAUGGAAGUCGCAGCUGUCUUUGAUAAAAAUUGUAUCCUUCACUUUUCAUGGUCAAAACUUUGCACAGCUGACACAAACCAUCCUGAUCUGUUUGCAGACAUUGCAAAGGCUAGUUACCAUAAUGACUUAAGUGUUAAAUUAAGGGCAAGAACUUUCUGGAAAUAUUGUCACUACAUGCUGACAUAUGUGACCAAUAUAGUGGGUGAGCUUAGGUCAAUACACACUAACUUCUGUUUUCAUGGUUAAUUAUAAUAGAGAUAAGGCAUUUGUGUAUCAUUCAUUCAUAUUUAGAUGUUUACCAUGGCCACAUCCAAGCCAUCCUAGCCCACCUCCCCAGUUUUUUAAAGGUGUCCAGCAAGUCUGUAAACUCAGUAAAUGAUCCCAGAGUCAGGCAACCAGCAUUUUCUGAAAGUUUUCUUUGAUGUUUAAUUAAAACCCUCAGUGCAAUUAGCGAACAAUUGAUCACCACUGUGAUGGUUAAUUUUAGCAGUCAACUUGACUGGGCUGAGAUGCCCAGAUAGCUGGUGAAACAUUAUUUCUGGGUGCGUCUGUUUCUGGAAGAGAUUAGCAUUUGAAUCGGUAGACUGACAAAGAAGUUCACCCUCUCCAAUCAGUUGAGGGCCUGAACAAAACAAAAAAACAGAGCAAAGCUCUAUAUGCUUUUUUUUUUUGCUUGAGCUGGGACUUUCAUCUUCUGCUGUUGGACAGUUUCUCUUCCAGUUCUCAGGCCUUUGAACUAGGAAUUAGACUUACAACAGCAGCCCCCCAGUUCUUGAGCUUUUGGCCUUGGACUCAAUCGCACCACCAGCUUUCCUGCUUCUCCAGAAGACAUAUGGGCAGAUGGUGGGACUUCUCAGCCUCCAUAAUCAUAAAAUGGAGGGGCUUCCCUGGUGGCACAGUGGUUGAGAAUAUGCCUGCCAAUGCAGGGGACACGGGUUCGAGCCCUGGUCUGGGAAGAUCCCACAUGCUGCGGAGCAGCUAAGCCCAUGCGCCACAACUACUGAGCCUGUGCUCUAGAGCCUGCAAGCCACAACUACUGAGCCCGCAUGCCUAGAGCCUGUGCUCCACAACAAGAGAAGCCAGCACAAUGAGAAGCCCGCGCACUGCAGCGAAGAGUAGCCCCCGCUUGCCGCAACUAGAGAAAACCCGCACACAGCAAUGAAGACCCAACACAGCCAAAAAUAAGUACAUAAAAUAAAUUUAUUUUAAAAAAAAGGAAAUGGGGAACUAUAUUCAAUACCUUGUAAUAGCCUAUAGUGGAAAAGAACCUGAAAAAGAAUACAUAUAUAACUGAAUCACUUUGCUGUAUACCGGAAAACUAACACAACAUUGUGAAUCAACUAUACUUCAAUUAAAAAAAAAAAAAAGGAAACAGGCAUAUAAAGAAAAAGAAGUCAGACAUAAAAGAUAUGAAAAAUCACGGUGUCAGAGGGAGAAACCUGUGCUUUUUUUUUUUUUUUUAAGUCCUCGCAGCUUGUAGGAUCUUAGUUCCCCAACCAGGUAUCAAACCCGGGCCCCUGCAAUGGAAGCUCGGAGUCCUAACCACUGGACGCCAGGGAAUUCUCUGUGCUCAGUUAUUUUAUGUAUUUAUUUUUCAAGCACCCACACUGUGCCUACCAUGUACCAGGCACUAUUUUAAGUGCUGUACAUACAUGAAAUCUUUUUAUCUUAAUAACAACCUAAAAGUAAAAGGGAAAAGGGAGUGUGGGGUGGGGUUGAGGGGACCCUGAGAGGAUGAAGGGAAAGGUGGGAGGGGCUGCCAAGGUGAGAACCUAGAGAUGGGAGGGGCUGGGAAGGAGUCCCAGCAGGGCAUGCUGGGGCACCGUGAUAGGUAGCAGAGAAAGCACACGCCUACACCAGGCAAGGCAGGGUAUCUGCUAAAGACUGACACUACUGAGCAUCAGCCACUGAAGUUAAUGUUUUUCCCUUAAAAAUCAAGUUGAGAAUCAGUAGAGGUACACACACCACACUUUGCAAAAUGUUGAGUCAAUUCAUCUCCAAAAAAUAUAAAAAGCUUUUGGGUAACAUUUUAGGAAUUUUUGAGACUUUUAUGUUCCCAUGACUAGUUCAUAAGUAAAAUAUAAAACUUAAAAAAAUGCACACACACUUAAAAUUGCUGAAUGAAAAUACCAAGUGCAGAACUGCUUUAUCACGUUUUGCCAGCUCCUCAUGUUUCUUCCACACUUAACUUUUCAAAAACAAAUUUUCUGUAAUAUGUUUUGUCUUUUACACUUUCCAGUUUUUGCAGAUCAGGAUGCUAAUAAAAAUAAACAGUUUGAGGAAAUUCGAUGAGUGUUAUCAUAUUUGGAAAUAUCAGGGUUUCUAAAAAAUAAAACAUUUCAUGCUUUACUCUUAGUGAUGUGACAGCACUUAUGUGGAAAUCCAUCCAUUGCACGUUAAGAUGGGUCAUACCUAAGUUCACCAAAAUAUCCAGGUACCAAAAGCAACACUGAAGCAAAUAUAUUAUAAAGGAAUAUAAAAAUGAUGAAAAUGUGAGGCUUAGUAACUAAGAGCAAACACUUUAGAGUUAGACAGCAUCAUAGUAUCACGUCCUAGUAUAUACUAGUGUUAUAUACCAGCAUUAUAGGGUCAUUGUGGGGAUUAAAUGAGAUGUCAUAAAGGAUUUAAGGAAUUAAAUGCUAAAUAUAUUCUAGCCACUAUUAUUAUAGUAUGAAGCAGAAUAAACUAAAUAAUAAGCUUCUUAGAAGUCCGAGGGUUUUUAUAUCUUUGCUUUGAUGAGUUUUGAAUCCUGCCACUAAUUUCCAUGUGGGGAGGUACUUGUUCAUUCUUCUUAGCUUAGGGUUGACCUGUCUCGAAUGGCUUUAAAUCAGCAAUUUUCGAAGUGUGGUUCGUCAGCUCCUGAGGUCCCAAAGAGCCUUUCAGAGGGUCAAGGAAGGAAGCACUAUUUUCAUAAUAAUUGCAAUGAUAGUAAUUCUAAUUUUAUUAAUAAGAGUAAAACUAAUUUCAUAAUCUCAUAUUUUAUUUCAUAAUUUCAUGUUAGUAGACAUAAUACUAAUUGUCUAAUACUAUUUUUGUUUUUCACUGUGUUGACAUUGGCAUUGGUAAUGCAAAAGGAAUAGUGGGUAAGUAACUCUACUGAUACCUUAGCAUGAUUCAUGACAGUGGUACCAAAGCGAGUUAUUCUUCACUACUAUGUGCUCACAAGAAGAAGAAGAAGAAAGCUAAUUUCAUUUAAAAAUGUGCCUGAUGAAGCAGUACUUUUAUUAAAUCCCAAUGCUUGAGUACACAUCUUUUUAAUAUUCCAUGUGAUGAAAUGGAAAGUACCGAUAAAGCACUUCUGCUGCAUACCUAAGUAUGUUGUUGUCUUGAGAUAAAGCCCUUGUACCAUCAUUUGAAUUAGGAGUUGAACUAGUCACGUUUUUCAUGGAACACCGUUUUUACUUGAAUGAAUGAUAGACAGACUUUGGUAUUCAGAUUUGGGUAUCCGGCAGAUAUUUACUCAAAAAUGAAUGUACCACCCUUUCUGGCAGUGACAACCUCCCCACGAGAACGUGCCUCUCGCAAAGGAUCCCCUUCAUCCCUCUCCAGAGGAGAAGAGGAAACACAAGAAGAAGCACCUGGUGCAAAGCCCCAAUUCCUAUUUCAUGGAUGUGAAAUACCCAGGAUGCUAUAAAAUCACAACCAUCUUUAGCCAUGCACAAACAGUAGUUUUUUGUGUUGGCUGCUUUACUGUCCUCUGCCAGCCUACAGGAGGAAUAGUAAGGCUUACAGAAGGAUGCUCCUUUAGACAGAAGCAGCACUAAAAGCAUCCUGAAUCAAAAUGAAUGGAAAACCAUCCCAAUAAACACAUUUUGGAUUAAAAAAAAAAAGAAUGUACCAAGUCUGUCACUUCAAGGAAAACAAUAGACACUAUGGUUACCAAUGAUAAAACUGGAGCUUUCCAGUAGAAAUAAGAAUUUUGGAAAACUCAUACACACCUCAGUGAGCUUGAUAGCUUGCCAGUACAUAAAGACCUUUCUGAUGAGAUCAGUGGUUAUAUUAAUGAAUGGUAUUUUAAAAUAUAUAUAGUAUAAUGACAUGUGACAAUAUUUGGAAGAUCUGCAUAACUCAGUGAACCAAUAUUUUCCCAAUGACUGAUACAUACUUUUAAAGAAUCAAUCACACAUGGGUAAAAGAUCCAUUCAAAGCGAAAGGUAGAUCAGUGGAUUUCCUUGAUGUGGUUUUAGAUUCCACCUUGCAACUAACCUUUAAGAAGCUAUCACUUGCCGAGUUUUGGUGUAUUAUCAAAGAAAAAUAUCUUCAACAAUCAGAAAAGGCUAUUAAAAUAUUCCUCCUUUUCCCAAUUGCAUCUUUGUGAGACCAGAUUCUCUCCAUAUAUUUCAACCAAAACAAAACAUCACCACAUUGAAUGGAGAGGCAGAUAUGAAAGUCCAUUUUCUACUGUUAAGCCAAACAUUAGAGAUUUAGAAAAAUGAAAAACAAUGCCUUUCUUCUUGCUCAUUUUUUUUUGGAGGGGAAUAUAUAUUUUUCAUUAAAUACAUUAUGUUAAGAUUUAACAGGUUUAUUUUAAAUAUUUAAAAUAAAAAUUAAAAUUUUUUCUGUUGUAAUUUUUAAUACAGUAAAUAUCAAUAUCUAAGCCUAUAUAAAGUUUUUUGAUAUCUUUGAUGAUUUUUAAGAGUGUAAAGAGGUUCUGAGACCAAAAAGUAUAAGAACCACUAUUCUAAAUAGUUCUCCAAACUUGGGCUGGUCUCCUUUGACUAUUCACAAGAAGAUAGUACUUAGGGCCAAACCUGUAGUAGAAAAUGAUCACUUCCUAGUCCGGUUAGGCAGGGGAACAUUGUGAAGAAGGAUCCUCAGAAAUUAGAGUUAGCAUUGUAAUAGUUCAUUCUCACAGUAACAGGCAAGUCUAAUAGAGUAGGACCAUUGAGUUUAAGGAAGGCAAGAAAAAGACCUUUAGGGAAAGACAGGCUGCAAGUCUGCAUCAGGAAAAAUAAAUAGCUGUAACAAACGACUUUGAAUUAGGAAUUCUGUUUGCUCUUGAUAUGUGUGUCCCUAAUCUAUUUAUAGGAGUAACUUCUCCUUUCCUGAUCAAAAAAGACAAAAGGGAUUCUUCAGUUGGGUCUCACCAUGGGCCCACAAUUUCUGCUCAAGAGGGCAUAAUAAAAAGUGUGAGAACAAUGCAUUGUUGGAAAGGUACCAUGGUCAACUUUCAAAAUUUAGCUCUAAGACUGAUGUGGGAACCCCUCUAUGGUCUGUCUCCUCUUCAGUCAACAAGAGAACAAAGUCAGCCCUGAGGCUCAGGACCUUUAGGAUUCUGACCUUCAGCCUGAGGGUAGAAGGUGAUGUAUAUACCUGAGUAUUGUUUAGGCUCUGAAUUUAAUAAGGACAAAAAGCCAUGAGAAACCAUUUGACUCAUUUCAGCCGCUCAGUGUCCUGAAAUAUUCCAUCUUACUGUAAUGAAAAGAAUCAAAAUACGAUCUAACUCAAAAAUGGGUUGUUGUCCAAGAGGAAAGGGAAUAGUAACCAAUUCUAGCUUCAGAUGGGAUUGUUUCUGAAAAUAGAAGACAGAGCAUUACCAAUGAGGUCAAAGCAAGAACUGACUGGAAUCACCCAGUAGGUUCUUCAGUCCUUGGUUUGAUCAUUGCAGUAAGCUUUCCUGAUAGCACCUUGGAUAUCGACACAGGCCAUCUUGAUCACAAAUUACUAUUUACCUUCCUGAACACUUACAUGUGAGGAAAGUAAAGAAUAACGAUAUAUAUGUGAACCCUGGAGUCAGCCUGUCUGGAUCUGAUCCUGUACUUCUCAAGGCCUCAAUUUCCUUCUCUGUAAAAUGAGAAGAGUGAUAGUACUGACUUUUAAGAUUCUUGAGAGGAUUAUCUAAGAUAACGCGUAUAAAGCACUUAACACAAGACAUGGCACAUACUAAGCGCCUAAUAAACGGAAGUUAUCAUGGAGCGUCUUUGCUUCGUAUUUCCAUCUGUGAGCAGUUUUUUCCGUUGUUUCUCGACAUAACCCCUUUCUUUCGGGGCUGCUGAUCUCUGAGGCAUCUGGUCCCUUAUAUCCCUGAGUCAUCAUCAUUGAGAUGCUGGGUUUCUGAAGUCAUCCCUCCUACUGCUCUCUAGGGCUCCCUCUCUUGACUGCUUAGCUCUCACGGGGGCUCAGACCCACAAGCCGUGGCUGCGAGUCUCUGUCGGGCUUGGCCACCCGUCUUGGAGAAAUGUCCUCAGUCCCCUUGGUGAUCACCUAAGACUGAGACCCAUUGGACCCAGAGAAACGCCCCAGCCCUGAAGCGGGAGUGAGGCGGGGGGUGGGGCCGUCCCCUAAGGUGAGAACAAGGCUAGGGGCGAGGCCGGGCUCGGAGGUGCGCGCGAGGCCACACCCCGAGGUGA